GUAUUAGUGCGCAACGUUGGGAUUAUCACAUGAGUCUGUUCUCGCGGCUAUUUCGCACUUGGUACUCUUCGAACCUUAUGGUUUCCUAGCAUAAAAUCAAUAAAAGUCGUCUGAAUCAACUUUUGGAUGCUUAUGCCAGGCGAAAAAAAGGUGGAAAACUGGGUCCAGGGUGGUAAACGUCAAAAAAUUGACGAACUUGACGAUAUUUUGGUGGAUAUUACGGGUUAUUCUUUCUCCCACUUGAGGACCACUUUUGUGUACACUGGGUUCGUUCUAACAUGCGGACUGUUGAGACUAGUUUUUCACUGGUUUCCGCACUGGAUGCUGAUGUGUAUGUAUAAUAAGUGCGCUUUGAUGGAGGCUGAGAAGAUUCUCGUUCAGGAUAUCUAUGGUGUUUACUACAUACAUGAUGUGAUCGUUGACGUUAUUGAAGGAGUGAAUUAUACCAGGAGGUCUUACGUCCGUAAGCCUGUGUCAUUCAUGAAGUCACGAAUGAUGAGCCUUGAGAACGAUGGUAGGAUGAUGUGUUAUUUCAUUCACAAAUGUUUAAAGUACGUCUGGAAUGGCGAGACUCACCAUUUCGAGCUCAUUAGGGGCUGGCAUGAAACUACAUAUGAAGAAAUUCUGGAUUCUAAGCCUUUGAAUAACGAAACAGUCCUUAUGAAUCGUGCGUUGUAUGGAAUGAAUGAAAUAAGUAUCAAUCUUACUUCAAUUGUCAGGCUACUACUUGAUGAGUGCUUGAAUCCAUUCUACUGUUUCCAAAUAUUCAGUUGUAUUUUGUGGUAUUCUGAAGAGUACUGGACGUACGCUACUUGUAUUGUUGUUAUUUCAAUUAUGUCACUAUCAUGGCAAGUUUAUGAACUACGUAGAAACGAAAAGACUCUUAAAGAAACUAUGUGUAUAUCCUCUUCUGUGAUUGUUUAUCGAGAAGAAGAUGGGGUUAAAGAAUUCAAAGAAGUGGAUUCCAUUUCAUUAGUUCCCGGUGAUAUAAUUGAAAUUCCACAAAACGGCUGUCUGGUUCAAUGUGAUGCCAUCUUACUAGCGGGAAACUGCAUAGUAAAUGAAAGUACAUUGACCGGUGAAAGUGUUCCAGUUACCAAAAUUCCCUUACCCGAUUCACCAUCAAAGGGUACGUUAUUCGAUAUCAAAGUUCAUGGUCGGCAUAUUUUAUUUGCUGGUACUACUGUUAUUCAAACAAGAAAUUAUGCAGAUGAGCGAGUUCUGGCUGUUGUUGCACGCACUGGCUUUUACACUGUCAAGGGUGAGCUUGUACGGUCAAUUCUGUUUCCGAAACCUCUAAAAUUCAAAUUCACCCAAGAUUCCCUCCGGUUUAUUUUUGCUUUGUCUAUUCUUGCUGUUAUUGGUUUGGGAGUUUCAAUCUACUUAAUGAUCAGAGUUAAUGUUGGUGUUGGUGACAUUAUCCGUCGAGCGUUAGAUUUAGUUACUGUAGUGGUACCACCAGCCUUACCUGUUGUAAUGACAGUAGGAGUUGUUCUGGCUCAACGACGUUUGCUAUCGCAUGGGAUUUUUUGUGUCAAUCCAACCGUGAUCAAUGUUUGUGGAGUAAUCAAUGUAGCUUGUUUUGAUAAAACGGGUACUUUAACGGAAGAUGGUUUGGAUAUGUGGGGUAUCAUUCCUUAUGAAGAUGGUUUAUUUGGAGAUCCGGAAUUAGAACCAUCAGAGUUGGAUAAUGGUCCUCUAAUGGAAUGUUUAGCGACUUGUCACUCAUUGACAUUGAUUGAAGGAGUUCUGUGUGGAGAUCCUCUGGACUUAAAGAUGUUCCAGUCAACUAAAUGGGAACUCAUCGAAGAAGCUGCUGACCACUGUAAAUUUGAAAUGGCUGUCCCUGCUAUCGUACGUCCAUCCAGUAAAACCAGUUUGACGGAAAAGAUUUCUGAAAAAUUCAAUGGUGAUGAUAUUCCAUAUGAAGUGGGUAUUUUACGUCAAUUUCCAUUCAGUUCUUCAUUACAACGUAUGUCUGUGAUUACUCGUGCUCUCAAUCAAAAUCAUUUCAAUAUCUAUACUAAAGGUGCACCUGAAACUAUUGAAUUAUUGUGCAGAUGUGAUACUAUUCCUAGGGAUUUCCAUUCUACUCUGUUGGAAUACACACGUGAAGGUUAUCGAGUUUUAGCAUUAGCUUGGAAACCAUUGAAAGCAACCUAUACAAAAGUUUUACGUGUAUCUAGAGAACGUGUUGAGCAAGAUCUACAAUUUCUUGGUCUAUUGAUUAUGGAGAACCGUUUGAAACCGGAAACAACUCAAGUGAUUGAAACUUUAAGAUAUGCCAAUAUUCGACCUGUAAUGGUAACUGGUGAUAAUAUGUUGACUGCAUUGUCAGUAGCUCGAGAUUGCGAGAUGAUCGAUGAACUGGAUCGUAUUAUUCUUGUGUCUGCAAAACCACCACCAUUUCCUCGUCAUGUUCAAUCAUCUAGUCCGAAUGAUUCUGUAACUUGUUCUACCAAAGUUGAUCUACCCAGUGAUCAACCACACAGUCAUACUUCUUCAAAUCAUGUUAGUUUACCAUUUGUUUCGUUGACACAAUCACAAGGAACAAGAAACAACAAUAGACCACGUACACACUCAAGUUUUAAUGCAGCGAAUUCUUUAUUUGAGGAAAACUUCUUCAAUCAACAAUACGAUUCAUUAGUUGAAUUUCAUUAUGCUGAAGAUUUACACAAACCAGUCACUGAAGUGACAGCUACAACUGAAACAAGAACAACGAGGAAGUCUCAUAGAUCUCAACCUGUUAAUAAUACUUCGACUGAAACUGAUGUUGAUCCGCACACAUUCUCUGUAAGGAGUAGUAGGAAAUCUCGAAAAUUGAUGCAUCGCUUGUGUGAAGAUGUUCCGUGUGUUUCACGGGGAUGUGAACAGCAUUCCUCACCGUCUUCAAGUCCACUGACAGAUAUAACUGCGGUGCCUAAUGUUUCAGUGAAUGGUCAUCCUCGUGCUUCUUCAUCCGGUCAACGAGAACAUCACCAUUAUGAAAUAGGAAGCAGUGGAUGUUAUUCGAAAGAUGAUUUGCAUUCGGUAUCAAAUCGUCGUUUGAAUCCCACUCAUUCUGUAUCUAUACGGAUGCUCGAUCGACCUGAUUUCCACCUAGCUAUGUCUGGUAAGACGUGGGCUAUCAUACGAGAAUAUUAUCCCUGGCUUAUACCAAAGCUUGUAGUGAAGUGUACUGUGUUUGCUCGUUUUCGUCCGGAACAGAAAGCUCAACUGAUUGAAUCACUUCAAUCAGUUGGUUAUUUUGUUUCAAUGUGUGGUGAUGGCGCUAACGAUUGUGGUGCAUUGAAAGUAGCACAUGCUGGAAUUGCAUUAAGCGAAGCUGAAGCCAGUGUUGCUAGUCCUUUCACAUCGAAGCAACAAAAUAUUAGUUGUGUGCCUACACUUAUUCGUGAAGGUCGUUGCGCAUUGACUACUAGUUUUGGUGCAUUUAAAUUUAUGGUCGGUUAUUCAAUGAUUCAAUUUUUCUCUGUUAUACUUUUAUAUUAUAUUGGCAGUAAUAUUUCUGACCUGCAAUUUUUAUUCAUCGACCUUUUCCUUAUCACAACUCUGGGUCUCACGUUUGGUUAUACUCCGGCGUAUCCUCGUCUCUCGGUGGAACCUCCUGCGAUGCGACUAGUGUCAACUGUGACCUUGUUAUCAUUGGGUUUGCAGUUACUCACUUGUGGUCUUGUACAAUUUUCAGUCUUUGUGUUUACUCGACUACAACCAUGGUAUUUACCACUGUUUACUUAUCAUGAAGAUUAUGAAUUAAAAAAUUAUGAAAGUACGGCCAUAUUCUCCGUAUCUGUCUAUCAAUAUAUCAUAUUGGCUAUUGUAUUCUCUAAAUCUGCACCAUAUCGUCGGUCAAUUUUUUCUAAUCGUAAGUUGUUUCUUUCUAAUUAUUGUCUUAUAUUGUCCAAAUUAUUAUUAUUAUUUGUUUGACCUCUCAUGAUUGGAUUGGUAUUUUAACAAUGAAUUCGUUUUCUGACGACUGCCACCAGCUAAUACGAAACCUAGGUUUAGUGUUUCCGGUUGAUUGUUUGUAAUACCAGAAGACAGUUUAUGCAAUGACAAUUCAUUUAGACUAGAUGCAAGUUUCCAACUUAGUCGAUGUUAAUCAUUGCACCGCAAUAAUCACUGUCAAUGGGAGUUCAGUUGUUUACGACAAUCUCCUUGAGGAUCAUAAGAAAAAAAUUGAGAGAUGAUAAUUGGCUAAGACUAUUGUAUUUUCUUAUAGAUGAUAUGUUCAUUUCGUUGUGAUCUGAUGUGUCAAUCAGGACAGUCGUACCGGAAUUGGAAUGUGUGAAACUUUUGAAUUGUAACUGUCUUGACUCAUUAGCUCAGUGCAUAUCGGAUUGAGCGUUUGAAGCGUAGGCAUUGUGUUCGAGUGACAGUGUGAAGAUCAACACUGGGAUGCAGGUAUAUCCAGCUGAUGAGUGCCAUGGAGGACGGAAUGCGUGCUCUAAAUUCCACUGUCAGCCACAAUCCUCCGAUUGUUUACAACUUCCAUAAGUUCUCCUUGUCUUUACUAUAGAUCAAGACAGAAAACAGUAUGGAUUUCUCUUUUAAUCACAAUCAUAAUAUGCGUAUUGUUGCAUGUAAUAAAUGGUUAUAUUAUGCGUAAACUUCAAGAAUAUGUUGAUAAUUUUAGGCAGAUAUUUUUUUCACUGUGGUUUUAACUAAUGCGCAAUUGUCAUUUUCUCUAUGACUUUCCAAUUCCAUAGAUUUAUUCGUUGUCAACCUUAUUGCAUGUAUUGCUGGGUCCUUAUACUUAACAUCUCAUCCAGCCCGUGUGGUUCGCAAAUUAUUCGAAGUAAGAUUUCGGUGAAGGACGAAGCACUGUGUCAUGGUUAUCCUUAUUAAUUGCAGACCAAUUAUAUUUAUUUUCGUUGAUUAACAAUAUACUGGCCAUUCUACUUUUUAAACUAUAUGCAUUCGCCGCGAGACCUGAAGUGAGGGUCGUGGGUUAGAUCCCUGGAGUGCUUAUGUGUACGCACUUUUGAGAUGUCCACUACGUGGCCAAAACAGCGGUCUAGUGUCUCCUGGUUUUUAAUGAUACUCCAACAAAAAUCGAUCUAAGACGAAUGCAAUCUAUGAAAGAAGUGAUUUUUCUGUUUCAUUGUUUUCAUAUAUUUUUAGGUUACCACAGUUUUAUUUUGUUAUCCUUUUGUUUAUUGUUAUAAAGGUUAAUCCAUUUUCUAUAGAAUUUUGUCCUAACUAUUCUUAACCACAAUUAUUCCGUUUUCCUAAUAAGUGAAUUAUUGUUUGUUUGUGUGUGUAGUGGUAGUUGUAUUAUUAAUAUUAGCAACCACCACUUGGACAUAUUCAUUUGGUACAUAUACAUACUGAAUAGAGAGAUUCACAUUGUUUCUAUAGGAGAACAACUUUCCUUAAUCUAGAUUUCUACAUUGUCCUUGUAUUUUCUGCAUACAUUGUUUCCGUCACAAUACAUUACUGUAUUGUUAAUAACAUAGCUAUUAUUGUUAUAACUACGUCGUAUUGGUUCAGUUUAUUCCGGUGCAUAUUUAGUGUAAUUAGCCUGUAUGAAAGGAAGUUUGACUGUCGUCUCCUCAAGAACUGGUACCACCGUCACUUGAUUAUAUUAAUGUGUUUCUGCGAAAGCAGCACUAUGAUAUGGUGUUCGUCUUCUAAUUUGAAUGUAAACGUUGUACCGGCUAACAUGAUAUUUUCGUGGUGUUGGAUAUUAAUUCCUUCUGAAGUUUUCGUCACUUCAAGAUACCUGUUGGAAAUAGCUGACAAACGUUCUUCUGCAGUAGACUCUUCUCAAAAACAUUUCGUAAAAGAGUUGGACAGUUUUCUGAAUAAUGAUUUACAUUUCUGACAGAUUCUUCGGAUUGUAUGUGAUGUUAUUAGUUUUGUUAUUUUAUUUCCAGCUGUGUCGUUUCCCUUCAGUUUAUUUUGUAAUAAUUCUUCAUGGAAUAGUAUUGGGGAAUUUACUAUUUGGAUAUAUUUUGGAAUCGAUCGUUGAUGGCGUUUCAUUUCGACAACGAAUACGUCAUAUUCAACAUGCUUUAUUUCCCAGGCAUGUUUCACGUAAAGACUAUGAACACAUUCGUGAUGAAAUAGAUAGAUUAGCUGGAGUGUGGCCACCAAUUAUACGAUCUGCUAGUGUACAAGCGUUACCAAGAGAGCUGUUCAAUGAAAGUGAUGUUGUUGGACAAACUGUACAAACAUCAAGAAAACGCUAUAAUUCAAGACUUUCAACUGACAGUGAAUCUGAUGAGGAUUGUAUUCCAGUUACUUCUGAGGAGAAGGCUGUCCUGUGUAAUAGUUUACGUGAUAAUAAUAUUAUUCAUCAACAAGUACAAUUACAUUACAAUGCUCAAUCUCCAUUUCAACCGUCUUGUGUUUUUGAUACUAUGCCGAAAAGUGCGAUCGAAAAGUCAUUUAACAAGAAACGGACACGUUCUACUAGCACCCAUAAUCGCCAUUCAUUUAACACUACGAGAAGCCUUGAAAGCAAAGGUAUCAAACGCAAUACUUCUAAGGAAAACAGUCCUAGACAACAAACGCCUGUAGUUCGGACUCCGACUCGACGUGCUGAACGUACUCGAUCACAGAGUGGACCGAAACCACUUAGUCCUGUCAACCUUCAGUCGGACCCAUUCCAAUCAGCUACCUACCACUGAUAGGAUAGGUUUGUCGGGGAGUUUUACGUUGUUAGUCUUUCGUUGUAUAUUAUUUACUGUUAUCAUCAGCAGACGAUUUCAAAUCAAUGACUGUAUUUUCUCCUAAAUCGCUGUACACAAUAUGAAUUGCUUUUUUCUCCUGGCCCUAAUUCGGAUGGUUCAUUUUCUCUUGACUCUUACGUUAACCAGUGAAAAUCUUUCUGUCAGGUCACGCUUUGUCUCUCUCUGUUAUAUUAGCAAGAAUAGUAACCAGAAACAUAUGUAAUUCAUCCAUCUCAAUUUUCAUUCUUAUCCAUUAUCGUUUUACUUAAUAGAGCAGAACUAUCAGUUUUAGACAGAAAACAAAAGAUCUUUCAUUAUCGAUAAUCUUCUCGUUUACGAAUGUUGUUUUCAUUUUGUUUCUCAACACAUGCAGUCUAUCAGUAAUCCCAUUACUAUAUUAUUCGCUCACUCUAGAGAAAUUCUUGCUUACAUAAAGUAACACUAACAGAAAACCAACUGUCUAAUUGAGUAGACCGUACUAUCGCGUAUUUUGUGAUUUAUGACUCGGAUAGGUAAGAAUUAUCUCAAUUCUGUCUGACUCAUGAUUCCUAUGAAUUACCAUUUUGUGUAUUUCGUAAGCAUCAAGUGAACUAAAAGUGAAACUGACUGGCUGACGAGAGGGUUCAAGGAAUUCACAGUUUCCCCCGUACUAUGUGAUCUUGCAAAUUAUCUAAUGUGUUUUAUGCCAUUUUAUUUUUUAUUUCCAUGUGUAUGUUACGUUCAGUUGUUAAAGAUUUUUUCUUUCGUUUUUCUCUUUGUCUAUAAAAUCGAAGUGAUAUUUUUCUUUGAGCACGAAUGUGAUGAUACAUUGUUCAUAAUCAUAAACAAUAUUUAAUUUGAUUGUUUUAGUAUAAUUAUUAGUGCUAUUAUUUUUCUAGGUGAUGAGUUGUAGGAUUCAGUAUUAUUUCUGAUUCGAAAGAAACAGAUAAUGAUAAUCCGAGUGUGUUUCAAUGAAUUGUGCAUGCAACUCACAUUUAUUGCUAAUAGUUAAGUCUUAACGAAAUUCUCGUCACACCUGACCCCUACCGACUACUUAGUCGUUUCAAAGGCAUUGUAUUUUCGUGGGACUUUUCGACCUUUUAAAUAAACAAAUGCACCGUCGUAAACUAGAAGUCGUGGUUUAGCCUUCAUGUUAAUAUUUAUUUAGGUACAACACGACUCCGAAAAAUGCACCACACAAAGGAAGCGAUAUUGUGUAGGAAUAAACGAGGGUAAGGUUGUACAAUCAAUAAAUAAUUAUGGAUAAUGCGGUCAGAGUACAAAGGUUAUCAGAAUUACGUCCCUCCAAUACAUUUCGAACAACCUGAUCAUAUAUAUACUUGUUAAUUAAGUCAGUCCGCUACAACGUAGGACCAGGCACACAUAUGCAUCGGUCCAAGUUGCCACACCUCAUUA